CGCCUUCCUGUCAAGUUGCCCAUUCCCACAACUCUAGCCACGUUUCUCCCAGUUUAACUUGUCGGAUAUUUCAUGUAGGAGCCGGUCGUUUCGUCUGACAGUCCGUUCUCCAUUUUUUUCUUCUCCUGGCAUCGUAAUAGUGACACUUUCCAUUCAGAAAGGAGCAGGAGAGGCAAGCUAGCUAACCGUAGCUAGCUAUAGGCUAGCUGUUUGGAUUGAGGAGAAGAGCGUCGCUGUGCUUCAGCCAAGCAGGCACAAAGGUUCUAUGACCCACAACUGCCUCCCCCGACCAGACGAUGUAUCCACCGUCCAGAAAGGAUUUCAUCUCUCUGACACUCAGCGACCCGCAUAGUCACAACUACAACAAUGGCAAACACCGGAGACAGUCCUGCUGGAGGAAAUGGAAGCAGCUGUCUCGGCUCCAGCGAAGCCUCAUCCUGUUCCUGCUGGCUCUGCUGCUCAUAUUAGGGCUGCUUUCCUAUCCCAGCAUCACCAAGCCGUGGAGAGGGAUGUCUGAGAAGGAGGCCUGGAUGGAGGUGCGGUUAAAAAACAUCCCCGCUGGUGUUGUGAAGCCUCGGUUGGGUGCAGGUGCAGGUGAAGCUCCAGCUCCUGUGGCAGAACCCAGAGGACCAAAUAUCCCCAUCCUGGCCAAACCGCCCAGCAAGAAAAAGCACUUUCUCAACAGAAGAGGUCCACCGAGCCUACAGAAAAGUGGAAAUGUUUCAGACACGAUCGUUGAGGAAAAGCAAGCGCAAGAGGUGGUUCAAGAGGACGAAGGCGAGCAGGAGGGCAAAGAAAAGAAAAUUGUCAGCUGGAGAGGAGCAAUGAUUGAAGCUGACCAGGCCACUGAGCCUCCACCCUCGGCAAAUGAGAAAGAAGGCGCGGCGCCUCCGGCACCCGUCAACCCCGCCGACACCGUCCCGCUGGAAGGUCAGCACAGAACGCCUUCAAAUGUAGCUGUAAUUCUCACCGAGGUUUCCACUGGAACAAUAGACAGACUGGAGGCAGUACGUGAAGCCUUCAGACAUGCGUGGAAAGGUUAUAAGGACUACGCCUGGGGUCACGAUGAGCUCAAGCCCAUCUCCAAGUCUUUCGGUGAAUGGUUUGGACUCGGCUUGACACUGAUCGAUUCUCUGGACACCAUGUGGAUACUGGGGCUAAAAGAAGAAUUUGCAGAAGCAAGGAACUGGGUAGAAAAGGAGCUAACCUUCGACAAGAAUGUGGACGUGAAUCUCUUUGAAACAACAAUCCGCGUCCUGGGGGGUCUGCUGAGCACCUACCACCUAACAGGAGACGACCUCUUCCUAGAAAAAGCUAAAGACCUUGGGUCCAGGUUGAUGCCUGCCUUCAAAACCCCCUCCAAGAUCCCGUUCUCUGACGUCAACAUCGGAAAGGGAACAGCGCACCCUCCAAGAUGGACGUCCGACAGCACGCUGGCCGAAGUAACCAGCAUUCAGCUGGAAUUCAGAGAGCUUAGCCACCUCACGCAGGACCCGCAAUACCAGGAGGUUGUAAAUGAGGUGAUGAGGCUGGUUCACAAGCUGCCUGGAAAACAUGACGGCCUCGUUCCCAUGUUCAUCAACACCAACAGCGGCCAGUUCACCCACAAAGGAAUCUUCACGCUUGGUGCCAGGGCGGACAGCUACUAUGAAUACCUCCUCAAGCAGUGGAUCCAAGGAGGCAAAACAGAAGAAGCGUUGCUGGAGGACUACCUUCAGGCCAUAGAGGGCGUGAAAAAGCACCUCGUGAGAGAGACGGGUCCCAGCAGGUUGACGUUUGUCGGAGAGUUGUCGCACAACCGCUUCAACGCUAAAAUGGACCACCUGGUUUGCUUCCUGCCAGGAACUCUUGCUCUGGGAGUCCACAACGGGCUCCCAGAGGACCACAUGGAGCUGGCUGUGCAGCUGAUGGAAACUUGUCACCAAAUGUACAAACAGAUGGAGACCGGGCUCAGUCCGGAGAUCGCGCACUUCAACCUGCAGGCCGGCGACGGGGGCGAUGUUGUUGUGAAGCCUGCAGACCGGCACAACCUGCUCAGACCUGAAACAGUGGAAAGUCUGUUCUACAUGUACAGAUUCACCAAGGAUUCCAAGUACAGAGACUGGGGAUGGGAAAUACUGCAGAGCUUCAAUAAGUACACCAAGGUCUCUGGAGGUGGCUACACGUCCAUAAACAACGUCCGUGACCCCGUUAACCCCGGCCCCCGUGACAAGAUGGAGAGUUUCUUCCUGGGCGAGACACUGAAGUACUUCUAUCUUCUCUUCUCUGACAACUCUGAGCUGCUCAGUCUCGACAAGUAUGUCUUCAACACAGAGGCCCAUCCUCUGCCUAUAUGGCCCUCUCCUCCCAAGUGACGUCUCUCUCCGGGAGGCAUCUGUAAAAAAUCAAGGCCACACAGUCGAGUGCAAUUUAAAGCUACCGUCCAGGCUGGACUGCUGUGUGAAACAGUGAAGCGGAACUGUGCUGUCCACUUUUUUCUUUAUUUUUCCUAAGGAAAACGUUUGUGACAGAGCUGGUCUCUAAUGUUAAAAAAAAAAACGACAACAUUUUUUAAAAAUCAAAUCAGGCUAGCUGGCCACUUCAUUUCUUGGGUGAGUGGGAUCGUUUAUGUCUGUAGUCUGUUAAUUUGCCAUGCGAGGUGAACAGCCUCAUCAGCCCUGCGUCGUCAGGUGUCAUGGCUGCGAAGGAGUCAGUAAAUUCAUUGUUCAGCGAAACGCAUAUGUAAGCAGACUGCUAUGGUGAUUAAGUCACGUUUUAUUGAUCUUUACAUUGGGAGUUGCUCGCAUAAAAAAUGAAGUAAAAACUCUAUACAUUAUUUCCAUGUGAGUCCAAAUCCUAAAUGUUUAGCAACUGUGAGCUUCUGUAGUGGAUCAGUUCCAGGUCUCACAUCAGUGCCUAAAGGAAAAGUGAAGUAUUUCCAAUAUGAAUGUCUUUGAUUCGUUAAAGACAUCAAGUAUUAGGAUGGUUAUGGCUAGCUAAACUAAUUUAAACUCUUAUUUGUAGUUUAACAUAAGAUGGGAAGUGUAGUUGUUUGCACCCAGGUAAUCCUUCUUCACUCUGUCCAGGUGUUGACCUCAGUUCAUCCUCAUUCAGUGUUUUGCAGGCAUGUAUCUUCAGGCAGAUAGACGUCCAUGCCAGAUGUUAGAUGUCUUCUUUAUGCCACCAGAGUAGAACAAUAGCUCUGUCGCUCGUUGACGUCGACAUGAGACAGAUCGUGGGAGGACUGUGCCAGACAGAAUCACACUUCAUCUACAAAUGGAUUACAGAAUUAACAUACUAAAUAUUCAGUGCACUUUCAUUUAAAAAGCACAUUGAUACGUGGUUAAUUAUAGAUGUGAUUGGGUUAAGUUAUGUAUUUCUUAAGUAAUGACUAGUGUCUUUAUUAUUGUGCAAUUCAGUUUUGAAAUUACGGUACAUAUGGAGGCUUUCAGCUAUAAUCUCUGCUCUGUGCAGCGUUCUAAAAUAAAUAAACGUCAGGGUGGAGAAAAAUGAAUGAAUCAGUAGGUGAAAGAGACUUCUCAGCUUGUUCCAAAAUAUCUAUCAGGUCCCCAAGUCAUGAUGCACACACAACUUUUUUUGUGAUUCAGAUACAACAGUAGGUAAUAUUCUGCUGUGCCUCAAAGUAUGUCAUUGUUUAUUUCAUGCGGUGGCUGGUGGGGCGUGUGGAGAUGCAUUUUACUACCAGGUGUGACCACAGGUACCUAAAGCCGGACCGCCCAGGACAUUAAUCUUCUCAGUGUUUUUACAUGAAGGAUAAUUAAGGCUGCCGUGCAGUCGUAAAUCAGCCGAUGCUAUGAAGAUAAAAUAACUAGCAAACUGACAUUACCUUUCCCUGUAUCAGCCUGCGUCACUGGCAGCAGUAGAAAUGAUAUUUUAUUCUGGAAAUUGGGCUAAAGAGGUUAGGAUCAUGUUUUAUUCAGGGACGAGAUUACCACAUGUGAUGAUGAUGAUGAAUUUUAAAUGGAGAGAGCACAGGUGUAACACACUGUCUUCUACAGAGAGUGUUGAAUUAUGGGUUGUCUGUAGCCUUAAUAUUACUGCUAUUAAUAAGGCUGACCAGUGGUUUCAGAGACGAAUCCAGGUCAAAGGGGAGGUUGGUAUGUCCUCCAUUACUGCGGUGGUGACUCACUAGUGACCCCAUGAAUAACACAGUCUGCUGGAGGAUGCAAAGCUGACUACAAAUAACCCAAAUAGACCUGCUUUCAAGGUUGGUGUAAACGUGUGUGGUUCUGCCGUCACCGUAAAGGCUGCGUUGUUGUACCAGGUGCUUUGAAGUCCCUCCGUCAGUCUGCGAUCGUCGCGUUUAGUUAGACCAGGAGUUUCUGAAGACACGUGCUUUGCCGAAAACGAGUUCAUAGCAUCUCCUGGCGUUUUUAUUGCACAGGAGAACCGGGGCGAGAGUCCGUGAAGCAGCCAAGAAAUCGCUGUGAGAAAAUUAUGGCUUGAUGUUUCUGUUCCUGUGCACGAGAGACUUCAGUCUUGAGCGCCGUGGUAUCUCAGGGAACCUUCACCACCAGGAAGAGUGUCAAACUGUCAGAAGCAAAUGUUGGAAAUGGGUGGUGGUGGUGGUGAUGGGUCGCCGUGGCUGAUUCACUACUCGCAGCCGUUCGUCUGUCCUCUUAUCACAGGCAGCUCGUUUAUGAAGUCGCAUUUUGUUGAGUUGUUUAAUGCGUGCGGGAGCGUUGACUCACGGCUGUCUGUCAGCCCCCUGGCUCCCUGUCAAACGUUGAUGUCGAGCCCGAUGGGACGCCCUGCAUCCAUAUGUAACACUGGAAGCUUUUCCGCGUGAUCACUUUUAGACGUUUCCACCUGUUAAUAAACGCCACCCUCCAUGGAGCCAUACUGACCCGCGUCGUUGAAUGUGCACUACGUUCGCCAGUGCUCUGCUGUGCCUAUCUACCGUGCUAUGGUCGCUCUCUUUUUGAAUUACUGCUGCGUCAGUGGUGUUUAUUUUUCAGUGGUUUCUGGAUUAUGUUCUUACCAGAUGGAUGGGUGACGAAACAAUAUGGCUGUAAAUAUGUUGGGUGAAUUCUUUGUAUCUUGUCUACUGAUUCUAAUGUGUGUGUGUGUGUCUGCUGAUUAUUGAGCCCUUUCUGGUCUUUACAUUCUGUGCCAUCAUGUCCAUAACAGUUGUUACGGUUGAGUCCAGCUAUCCCUAGCUUUGGGUGCGGAGAAAAAAAUAGUUUCCAGUAAUUUGCUGGACAUAUAGAAGAGAACAAAAUUAUCGAUCUCAUAUUAAUGCAAUACCGAUACUCACCUUGAUAUCAGUACUGUCUAUUUAGAUCGAUGCACCCAGCCCUAGUUUCCAGGCUAAUUUAAAACAUUAUUUUCAAUCAGUUUAUUCCAUUUUGUCGUAGGACCGGUCUUCUGAUUCAUGGUAAAAAUUAAAAAUCUAAUGUCGCCUCAUUAUGGUCCGAGGGAAGAAGUCAUGAGCUCACCAAAGUCAGACACAUUCACUGCAAUCCAUAAACUAGUUGUUGCCGACCGCCAGAGAAAGCAAGCAGCCGGAAUUAAUCACAAAUUAAUCACAUUGCAACGUUUAUGGAGACGGAUUGAGCGGUUUAAUCUCUUUCGCGCGGCAAAGGGGACAACUUGAAUACGCCAACAUCUGUUCCACGGCUGAGAAUGUGCCAUUCGCAGGGUUUUAUGGUUUAUUAAAACAUUUUUAAUUUGUGAUGCGUAAGGAAUGAUGAUUAAAUCGGACCUUUAUUUCCGCGCUCUCUUAAGUAUGUAGAAUGAGACAUGCACUUUUAUGUGUUUCUCUAUUAACCUUGAGUGUUAAUGUGAUCUCGUUUGAGCCGGGAUGACUGGGUGAGAAGUCUUCAUCCCAGCCGGCCGUAUCCAGCCUGCGAUUUUAUACGAGGUUCAAACUUUCAUGGAAGAACUGCGUAAUUCAGACAUUGUAGGUAAAGUAAACGCACUGGCUAAUCCACUAGGUACAGUAGCAAAAAAAGGAAUGCAUUCUAAUCUAACAACCAAGUUUAACAGCACCACAAACAACUACAUCCUCCACAGUGUUCCCAUAGUUAAAUUACUAUCUUCCUGAUGCUGCUUGAACAUAAACCGGACCAUCAUGAAUGUAACUUUAAUGCAGCACUUAAUAUUAGAAUGCAUUUACCUUUCACUAGUGUGCCUAAUGAACUGGCAAGCGAGUGUAUAUCUUCCUAAUUGUGCCUCUCUCAGCCACUACCGGCGAUAGUUUGGUAAUUAUGUAAAAAGCGCGUCCAUUUUCUAAAAAUAAAAGCCGGGUACUGUCACUCCAUGUACCUCGGGGGCUUUUUAAGGGACUAUUUUAGUGAAAAUAAAGUACGGUGCUCUCACUGUGAGGAGGGAACAUGUGUCACCCAGUGCAACAAACAGCAUGGCUCACUCAUAAUAGUCUCUAAUAGUCUCAUAAAGCUCAAUAGUUUUUGGAAAUUAGCGGAGCUCUGUAGCCCACCAGGCUAUGAAUACAUGAGAGAAACACUUCUCAGAAUUUACUAAUGCAGUGAUAUCUGUGUCGCAAGACUGAGUCCGGUUUUUCCUCCUUAGAGAACCAGUCCUGAACAGGAGAUGUAAUAUGACAUGUAUCCGCAUAGAGAUCUGAAAGACUCACAUGAUGUUACUGCUGGCAUGAGAAUCCACAAAUGUCAGGAUGAUAAGAUACUCAAAACCCUGCCUUAAGAUGACAAAAUUGUGAUUUCUGUGUUGAUGAUGGAAACGGCACAGACAAGAAAGAAAGAAAAAAAAAAAGACCAGAAGUGACUCAAUAAGCUGAUGGCCAAAAUCCAAUCGAGGCUUUUUAAAAUCCCCCCGCCUUGCCACUGCAAAUUCAUUUUCACGGCUGGUUCCCCCACAGGAAGCAUAGUGGGCGGCCUCAUCCCCCUUUUUGAAUCAAAUGGUCUCCGUAGUAAAAGACGGUUCUGCUGAAGCUGUGCUAUUAUAUUAUGGUAUAGGGAUUCUUUUUUUCUUUUUUUUGAGGGUUUAAUUGUUAAACUGACCUUUUGUUGGCCGUUUGGCUGAAUCUCCAUCCUGUGAUGAUGAUUAUUGGUGAAAUGAAGCCAUAGAAAAGUGACAGCUCGACUAUAUGUCCUGCCCGCAGAGGCCCGCUUCUCCGGCUCCGACCCCUCAUCGCGGCCCGGAGACGCCGAUCGAUAUUAUUUUAGCUGGAUGAAUGGAGUAAUUGAGCCACGCUAGGCAGAAAAAAAAAAUACUGUGGCCACUUUUCUCAAUUAUGACAAAACAAACCUUUAGGUCAAUAACUCAUCUGCAUAUUUCACUUUUUUCAGAAACUAGUGAUUUUUAAGGAUUGACGCAGAUUUAGCAGAUUUUUAUUUUAUUUUAUUUUAUUUUACUUUAUUUUAUUUCAUGGUGCGUUGUUUGUACAACUGAUUCAGCACUUUGCAGCUGAAAUUGUGGCUUAUCUCAAUGUUCACUGAACUUUUUUCAUGCUCACGGGAUUUUUCAAUAAAGAUUUUCAGCGAAGGUC